GCUUCGGCGGCCUCGGGGGCUACGGCUGCGGCCUCGGCCUCGCGGGGGCGGCCACCUCGCCGGCGGCGGCGGCCCCACCAGCGCCGAAGCAGCCAGCGGCUUCGCGGGAGUGCCAGUGGCAGUACAUCGACGCAAAGGGAGACGUCCAGGGCCCGUUCCCCACGUCGAAGAUGGCCCAGUGGUACGAGCACAAGAUGCUGCCAGCCACGCUGAAGCUGCGCCGCACCUCGGACACCCAGUUCGCCACCAUCCCGCAGUACUUCCCGAGCCCGCUUGUCCCAUUCAAGUCGCCGCCCGUCAACCAGAAGCCGCCUGCGCCUGCGCCUGCGCCUGCGCCGAAGAACGCUGGUGCUGCACUCUUGGCGCAGCUCCAGGCGGGUGGCAAGACGGCCUCCGAGCAGGCCUCGGCGGCGACCGCGGGGAGCGCGCAUCCGCCGGCGGGGACGCCGCCGCAGCCGAAGACCCAGGGCAAGGGCAAGGACGGGAAGACCGCGGCGAAAGGGCAGGGCAAGGCGGGCGCGGCCGAGCAGGGCAAGGGGAAGAGCAGCAAGGACAACAACUCGGCCAGCGCAGAGAAAGAAGCCGGCCCGAUUGGCAGCGGCAAGGCGAAGGCCAAAGCCAAGGCCAAGGAGCAGAGACAGCAGGAGCCGUCCUGGGACGGCUGGGACUGGAGUUCUUGGGACUGGAACUCGUGGAACGGUUGGGGCGGGGACGCAGGGGGCGGUGACUGGCAGGGCUCCGACGGCAAGCAGGGCGGGGCCGAGUGGAAGGGCGCGCAAGGCGACCCAGCGGCAGCGGGCGCGAAGGAAAAGGAGAAGAAUGGCGUGCAGGCUGCGUUCGGCAACCUGAAGUGGGGGCCCUGCACGGACGCGUCGGAUCUCUUCCCAGAGGACAGCUCCGGC